UGUGAGUGAGUCACGUGACUAAAAAAGAUAAAUUCAGACUUAGACAUAUUUUUAUUCUAAUGCGCAUGGUGUUGACCAUAAGCACGUGGAUUUAUAAAAAUUUGAGUAUUUAUCUCGAGUGAAAAGUUAUAAAAUAAAAUGGAAGAAGAAAAAGAAAGUUGUUUUACUACAGACCCGAAUUUUUGUGCUGAUUGUGGUUCUAUUUUACCCCUUCUUGGUGAUAGAGGUGGAGUUACUUGUUAUACUUGCAAACGUGAAUGGGGUUCUGAUGUUUUUGGAGAUAUGAAAAUGUCAUACACUAUUAAUUUUAAUGAUGAAUCCGCAUACGCAAAGCCAGAAGAUGAUAAAAAAAAAUCCGAGGGUCCAGUUAUUGACAGAAAAUGCUCGCAAUGCGGGAAUGAUAAAAUGUCAUACGCGACUCUGCAAUUGAGGUCCGCCGACGAAGGGCAAACUGUCUUCUUUACCUGCACAAAAUGCAAAUUCAAAGAAACGGAAAAUUCAUAAGAUUUCAUAUCAACUUUGUUACUUAAUAUUAAUAUAUAUAUUUUUUAUUUUAAAAAAUCAGCUUUACAGCCUAAUAAAAAUUAAUUAUGCAAAGAU